AUGAUAGCAGCUGACCGGCGUUUCACUCCCUUCUGGCAGGGUGGAACUGAGGACUUCCACGAGUUGGAGGAUGCGGCCAAGGAGAAGUUGGGUCCCGCGGUUCGGGAUUUGGUCGUUGGCUUCAAGGUUUUGCUCGACGGUCACCGCAAGCAAUUCAAGAUUGCAACUGACAAGAAGGUCGAAAAGGAUGUUGCCGCAAUUUAUGAAGCUGUUGUCAACAACCGUCGCCGGAUGUUGGCUCCUGUUUCCAUGACCGCUGGCAUGACGGCGCUUCGCCGUCUUUCUGCCGAGGCUUCGACUUAUCCUGGCGCGCGUCUCUCCGAUGACGGUUACCAUGCUUGGGCCUUUGCCAUCCGUACCUUCCGCGCUCGCAUCGUCGCCAUUGUUGAGGAUCAGGAUUCGUUCGACGAUCUUGAUGAUUCUGAGUUUGCCACACUCAGAGCCGACGUUGUGCAGGAUUUUCCCGUUGAGGACUACCUCGUUUGA